AAACAGUUCCCGGGAGGGACUCGGGCACGUCCCCCAGACCGGAUAAAGAUCUGGCUAGGCUCUCAGGCUCCGCAAACCCGGAAUCUUGACAUCAAUGCCGCUCCAGACGGGCCCGGAUCUGGGGUCCUGCCGGAGGCGAGCGCCGGAUCGUUCCCGAAGGGGGAAACAAGGAAGGCAGGUAGAGGCGCUCCAGCCGCCCCUACUGCCCUUCCGGGCGCAGCCCGCCGGAGGGACCCGGCCCCCGCAGUCCCCUCCCCUGGUUUCUUGGCCCGUUCCUCUCCCCGGGGACUCCAGCUCCCAGCUGGAGAUAGCUCCGGGGACCACAGCCUCAGGAGGAGCCCUCUUCCCUCCGCCCCUCUUCUCGCCAGGCCCUGCUGCCUCCUGAAGGUUACGAGACGUGGCUGCGGGGAGCGCUCGCUGUACCGGGGAGGAGCGCUCCCAUGCCCCCCGCCCCCGUGGCCACCGCUCCCGCUCCGGCUCCCGGGCCAGCCUGGCCGCCGGCUGCCACCGCAAUCCCGGCUACUAAAUCAGCGCGGGGAGGCGGCCCCUUUGCCCCCCUCCCCAAUGGCCCCCCCUCCCCGAUUUCCCUUUCCUGCCAUUGGCCGAUCUCUCCCUCCCGCCCCCCGCUUCCCACCCCCCGGCUCUCCAGCCAUUGGCUGCCUGUCUCCGCCAGCCUUUACAUAAGCCUGGGCGCGCUCGAGUGGAGUUGUAUAAAGCACAGCGGCGUCGGGGCGAGAGGGUUGAGGCGAGCCCGGGGCCGGGACAGGGAGCUGGGAGGAGGCAAACGCCCGCCCUGUCUCCGCGACCCGUCGCCCCCAGACGGUGCGGGGGGCGGAGGGGGCAGUGAGGAUGGCACCUGGAGCGGACGGCCCCAUGUUGCUAAGGAUGCUGCCGCUGCUUCUGUUCUGGUUCCUGCCUCCCAGCGACGGAUCCCAGAGAGCUGAGCCCAUGUUUACUGCAGUCACCAAUUCGGUCCUGCCGCCCGACUAUGACAGCAACCCAACCCAGCUCAACUACGGCGUGGCUGUCACCGACGUGGACCAUGACGGGGACUUUGAGAUCGUCGUGGCAGGGUAUAAUGGCCCCAACCUGGUUCUGAAGUAUGACAGAGCCCAACAGCGCCUGGUGAAUAUUGCAGUGGAUGAGAGAAGCUCUCCCUACUAUGCACUCCGGGACCGGCAGGGGAAUGCCAUCGGGGUUACUGCCUGCGACAUUGAUGGGGAUGGCCGGGAGGAAAUCUACUUCCUUAAUACCAACAAUGCCUUCUCAGGGGUUGCCACUUACACAGACAAGCUGUUCAAGUUCCGGAACGGCCGCUGGGAGGACAUUCUGAGUGAUGAGGUCAACGUCCGCCGUGGGGUGGCCAGCCGUUUUGCCGGGCGCUCCGUGGCCUGUGUGGACAGGACGGGUUCUGGCCGUUACUCCAUUUACAUAGCCAAUUACGCCAAUGGCAACGUGGGCCCAGAUGCCCUUAUUGAAAUGGAUCCAGAGGCCAGUGAUCUCUCCAGGGGCAUCCUGGCUCUCAGUGAUGUGGCUGCUGAAGCUGGGGUCAGCAAAUAUACAGGGGGCCGAGGAGUCAGCGUGGGACCCAUCCUCAGCAACAGUGCCUCAGAUAUUUUCUGUGAUAAUGAGAAUGGACCCAACUUCCUUUUCCACAACCAAGGAGAUGGCACCUUCAUUGAUGUGGCAGCCAGCACUGGUGUGGAUGACCCACAGCAACAUGGGCGUGGGAUAGCCCUUGCUGAUUUCAACAGGGAUGGCAAGGUGGAUAUUGUCUAUGGCAACUGGAAUGGCCCCCACCGCCUGUACCUGCAAAUGAGCACUCAUGGGAAGGUCCGCUUCCGGGACAUCGCCACUCCCAAGUUCUCCAUGCCAUCCCCAGUCCGAACAGUCAUUGCUGCUGACUUUGAUAAUGACCAAGAGUUGGAGGUUUUCUUCAACAACAUUGCCUAUCGGGGCUCUUCAGCCAAUCGUCUCUUCAGGGUCAUCCGAAGGGAGCAUGCAGACCCCCUCAUUGAAGAACUCAAUCCUGGAGACGCCUUGGAGCCUGAGGGUCGAGGCACAGGGGGUGUGGUAACAGACUUUGAUGGAGAUGGAAUGCUGGACUUGAUCUUGUCCCAUGGGGAGUCCAUGGCGCAGCCUCUGUCUGUCUUCCGAGGGAACCAGGGAUUCAAAAACAACUGGCUUCGAGUGGUGCCUCGGACCCAGUUCGGAGCCUUUGCAAGGGGGGCCAAGGUGGUGCUUUAUACUAAGAAGAGCGGGGCUCACCUGAGGAUCAUUGAUGGUGGCUCAGGCUACCUAUGUGAGAUGGAGCCAGUGGCACACUUUGGCCUGGGACAGGAUGAGGCCAGCAGCGUGGAGGUGACAUGGCCAGAUGGUAGGGUUGUGAGCCGAGGGGUGGCCAGCAACGAGACUAAUUCCGUGCUGGAGAUCCCUUAUCCCAGAGAAGAAGAUGGAUGGCUCAAACCAGCAACCCUGGAGUGCGGCCAAGGAUUCUCCCAGCAAGACAAUGGACGGUGCAUGGACACUGAUGAGUGUAUCCAGUUCCCAUUUGUGUGUCCCCGGGACAAGCCAGUCUGUGUCAAUACCUAUGGAAGCUAUCGAUGUCGAACAAACAAAAGAUGCAGCCGAGGCUAUGAGCCCAACGAAGAUGGCACCGCUUGUGUGGCUCAAGUGGCUUUUCUAGGUGGAUACCCCUCUGCUGCCAUCAGAAUCUCUGAGUCUCUCUCUCAGGCCUCAUAUCUUUUUCUAGGCCUUGGACUUUGCCUUCAGUUAUAUGCACUUUAAUUCCCAUCAAUAAAGAAAGACUAACAGCCUUUGUGGAACUGAAUCUCUCUCCCUCUGCCUGUUUCUCUCUCCAUCCCCAGUAGAUACCACAGUGUUCCCUCCGAGUCACUGAAUGGACAGCAGGGUAGCCAUCUUUGAAAAGGGAAAGGGAAGUUACUGAUAUUUUUGUAAACAGAGUUGUUUGUGAAUCCUUUCUUUGCAUGUUUUCUGAGAAAACAGAAAGGGAAAUUUCUCCCUCCCUUCCACCCCAAAAAAGCCAAGACAGUCCUUGUUUAUCUGUAUCAGUCCGUGUUGUAACCUUUCUCUUGUUUGUUAUGAUUUUGCCCUUCACAAAGAUGGCUCCCAGGCAGUUGCUUGCUUCUUUGAUUUGAUGAUGUACCAUGUGCCUGCUGGUUUGGCCUGUGCUGUUUCUUCUUUGCCCACCUUGACUCCCUGGAAUGGAGAACACCUUCUUGAGGGGAUGGUGCUGGUGGAGGUGGCAAUAGCGGCAAUGACAGUGGGAGGGAAAGGGUAGUUCGGUUUCUUGAUGAAAAUGUUAAAAUUUUAAUCUGCUAAGUCUUCCAGCCCCUCCCUCAGAGAAUUAUGCCAAUAAACUGUAUGCUGGAUAUUA